GGGGGCGCGUGGUGCCAGUCAGUGUCUUGGUGCCGCAACGGUGGUGGUGUUGUGUUCUGUUUCCUACCGUUUUGUGGGACGAUGCCUACGAGGGAUUCAGCAGGAUGUCGGACGCGCCAACGCAAAGGGCACACUACUCGACAGCCGUCUCGGCCUUAGGUCUUCUCUGCUUUGCACUCGCCACUGCUGCCCUUGCUAUACCGCUAUGGGGAUACUACCAAAACCCAGAAGUUGGUCCAUCUGCAGAAAGAGGCUACUUCGGACCAUGGACGACUUGCAAGUAUUUGCUUUAUGACAGAAAAAAAUGCGGCGAUGGAGUUACCAGAUUCAAGCCAGUCGCGGCUGUGUAUUUCGCCGGGCUGGUCUCUGCAGCUGGCGUUGUCAUCUUGGCGGCUUUCUGCGUCCUGAGCGUCGUCCAAUUGGCGAUGGUGAUCUCAAAGGAGCAGGUCCUCUGCCCGUACAGCUUCGUCGUCAUCACCAAACUUUCCCUUGCCCUUAUGUCGACUCUUAUUUCGAUAGUGGCCGCCACCCUCUUCGCACUCCAAACGGACGACAAAGAAAACGAUUUCAUCGUCACAAGAGGAGAGGCGUUUUACAUUGAGGUAGCGGUGAUUAUCAUCACGUUCUUCCUCUUCAUCGCGACGAUCUACGACUUCCUGUUUUCGAGGAGGCACGGCGGCGACCCGACCAUGUCGAGCAGGGACCCGACAGGCGAGAACGCCACGACAUUUAACAACCCGGGCUACAAGGAGAGAAAAGGUGUCUCAAUGACAGAUGCAAGUGGCAAGCCAUACCUGAGAGGCGGUUCCAACGGCUCAAUGGCCACACUUUCUACUACAGUGAGCUCCAACGGCUCGACGACGGGCUCGAUUGCCCGAAGCCCACUCCGCUCCAGCCUGAAGAAGCCGCGCAGCACUGGUCAGCAGGGGAACAACGGCAUCGGGAUUCACAACCCCGGGUUCAGCGGCAGCUCGCCCACGCCGUCGAGGAACGGCAGCGUCAAAAGAGUCCGCAUCCAGACGAAUAGCACAGCAGUUUGACGAGCGGUCUCAUUCGAUAAAUACUAUUCGGACAUCACUUGGCCGGUUGAUAAAUCAAAAUUUAAAAUCUUUGCCAGUGCAAUAUUUUAAAUACAGACUUUAUUUCGACAUUUGAAUAUAUAUUCUUGUUACUUUCCAAGGACUUUGGUGAUUGCUAUUUGUAAUCAUGCAGUGCCAAAUUUUAAGCACUUUAUCAAAACAAAAAAUUUAAAAAAACUGUAUAUAUUUAUUAAUUGUAGUAAAAACCCGCACAAAGCGGUGCAAUCUGUAAAUAAACUGGAGUAUGUACUGUGAUUUUCUCAACCGUACACUUUCAAAACAUACAUUUUAGAAAAAUGCACACCAUAUAAAAUGGUAAGAAAGAUUUUUUCACAAAAGUAACCACAUUAAAGUUUUUUUAAAUUUAUGUAAUUUUUUAUUAUAAAAUAAUACUAUUCAAAAAACUGACUAACUAUAGAAAUUAAGCAUGUAAAUUUAAAUUCCAUGUUAUUUGUUAUGAUGGUCUUGAGUUUUGAGUUUUAUUUUGUGUUGUUUAAUUUAAAAAUUUUUAUGUUUCAAAUUAUUUUCUAACUAUUAAUUUAUUGUGUAUAUAUAUAAAAGGCAAGUAAUAUUGUGUUUUAUUGUAAUUUGCUUUUAAAAUGGAUGUUGUAUUAUUAAAAAACAAAAAGAAAAAAAAUUCAAGGUUUUCUAAAAACUUAUUCAGUUUAUAAUUUGUUUUGUAUAUAAUCUAAAUUGCAGAAUUUUAAAAUUUCUGUAUAGUGAUUUUGUAUUAUUUUAAUUUGAAUCGCACAUUAGAUGAAAGUAUUAAGAUGAAACGAUAUCAAACAGUAUAUUUCAAAUUGCUCAUUCACAUAUCAAAAUUUUGUAGAAGCGAAUAGUAAUAUUGUAUUAAGUAUUAUAUAUUGAGUUUAUCGCAUAUUUUGGACCAUGAAUGUCAAAAUGUUUUUGAAUCUAGGAGCAGUCAGUUGUCGAAGAUAUGAGAAGUCGUGAAUUUUUAAAACUAUGUUGAAAAUUUGCCUGAUGUUAGUCUACACUA